UAUUGACUGGUUAAUGCGUAUUAUGUUGUCGCCUUCACUACAGAAGAAUUCAGUUCAUUUGUUUGCUCAAAGACUUUUUGCAGAUGUUCACACAAAUAGCCUGAAACUCACAGUUAAACUUUGCACUGUUUGCCACAUUUGAUGUGAAACAACACUUCGCUGGAAUUCACACACUGCACCGGUAUCCAUACAGAGACACAGUAACAGCUACUGUUGGUCACACAGGAGAACCCCUGACAUUAGCCGGUCAUAGUUUAGAGUGAAUGGACAUCAUAGGGUGAUCCACCUUCUUCUGGCAAUUUUCAUGGAGAUGGUCGAUGGUUUGACUCCACGUGCACGACACUGAUGAUGGAACCCAUGUGUGUGCAUGAUGGGUAGAAAGCACUUAAAGCUUCAAGUUCCCAGUUAAUGAGUUGAAAAGGAUCAUAUGCAGUCCUUUCAAGUGAUGGGAGCUAAAACAGGCUUUCAGACGGACCAUGAGAAAAGAGCCAGAGCAGCAUAUGCUGAGGAAAGCUGAUGAAGCAAAAUAAUAAGCAGGAUAUUUAAAUAUGUCAGCAUGUCCCAGCAGGUGGCAGCAGAUCUUUGCUCUGCCUGAAGAAAAUGUUUUGACAUGUUGGGAGUCUGCUCCCAUCUGUGGAUGGAUCUUAAAACCACUGAAAUGUGACCUUUGUUACGAUCUCCGACUGAGGCUCUGAGCGCGGGAGGGACAUGUGGAAUGAAGGGUUGGAGCCCCCUGGUGGUUGAAAGCUGCUGCUCACAUCAUCCUGAAACUUAAAUAUGUGCUGCUGUUAGAAAAAGCAGAGUCAUGAGUGGGGGAGAAUAAGUGGAGUUCAGACUCUGGUGGUGGUAAAAGGGAAAAAUUUAAAAUAUCCUGCUGGAAUUUUUCUCCAAAGUUUUCCUUUUGCUUCAAAUUUCAGCCUCAGAAAACAGAGAAAAUGAGAACCAGACCACAGGGAGAGGAGAGAGGGAGGAGGAGGGGAGCUGCUCUGGGAUCAGAUGUCUGGACGGAGGAGGAGGAGGAGGAGUUGUGGUGUCGGUCUGCAGCUCAGAUCAGACUUUCACACAAAAGCCUGGAGCUGCUGAGAGACGGCCAACCGACAGACCGUCUGUCUGUCUGUCUGUUUGGACAAACUGACGCUGAAGAGAAAGAGGGAAAAGUCUUCAGAGGGAGUCAAACCGAAGCAGCAGGAGGAGCACAAAUCAGAAAAAGUGGAGGCACUCGAGCAGGAGGAGAGCUGAGUCUGCACAUUCUGCUCUAAAGCUCCUACAGACGUGUUUGAUUUCAGGAUUCUGGAUCCUGAAAAGUUCUUCCUCAGCUUUAUCUCGGAGGAGCUGGACUGACAGAAACCCUCAGUCGGCACACCCGGGGAUGGUUUUUAAUCUGAAAACCACAUCAGCCAGAUUCCUGUGAUUGUUUCUGCGGAUACGUGACGUGGAGAUGGAGGCACGGAGACUGGUAACGUUUAGAUUCCUGAAAGAGUGACAAAGAGGAAAAGAUGGGAGCGAGAGGGGGAGGAUGAAGGAGGGUGAGACAUUUUUGACCUCCACAUGGCUUCAGCCAGAGAGCGAACCACCAGAGUCGCAGCUGAAGUUCAUUUUCCUGAAUGGAGAAUAGAGUGAAGCAGAUAACCGAUGCCGAGCGCGCCUGUGUGGAUUUCUCUGAGAGCAAAAAACUGACUCUGAACAAGCAGAAAGUGACUGAUUCAAAAACAAACACCCAUAUUUAAAAAAGGUAAAAGAGAAGGAAAAGUCUCAUGAGAGUGGAGAAUGAACUGAACAAACCCUGACCUGCGUACAGGUGUGCAGUGACGUACCUGUGCAGGCAUGCAGCUGAACCGACCUCGCAGCACUCUGCUCAGCCUCCCUGCUCCUCCUGCUCCCUCCUUCUCCAGUCAGUUCAGUACCAUGAGGUUCUCCUACCACCUCAACACGCCGCCACAUGGCAGCCGCAGCGCCACCUGCAGGACAGGUCCCUCCUCCUCCUCCAGUCCCAGCUUGCUGACUAAGAGCCUCUCUCUGGAGCCGUCCUGCUCACCGUGCGGUCACCUGGGGGCGCUGGAUGCCGACUCUUCGCAGCAGCCGAGCUCCGACCCGGGGCCCAGCUCCUCCACAUCAGGUCCCGCCUCCUUGGAGGGAGGGGCGGAGCUAGCAGAACGCCGUGGCUCUGCGAAUGGGCUCCUGCUGGUGAACGACACGGGGCCGCCGGAGCUGCCAGCUACCACAAUUACACCACCGAGCAAGAGCAGGCCGCCGCUGCCUGGACCCAAACCUCAGGUGCCACCGAAACCCCCCCACCUCCAGCAGCAGACAGGGGUUACCAGGCCGCGCCCCCGAGCACCAGAAAAGCCCCUCCCACCUACACCCCCCUGCAAACCCCUCCCAGCGGACCCUCGGGCAGGCCGACCUCCACCUAUUCGUGCAGACGGCACCGCCUCCCCCACCUGUGUCCUGUCACUCAUCGAGAAGUUUGAGCGGGAACAGAUCAUUGUGGUUCCUGACAUCACCGGUGGGGCGCUGUGUCCCCGCCUCUCCGACCCCCCCUCCUCCCUGUCGUCCUCCCGUCCUUCAUCACCAGCAUCAUCACUGGCCCCGCCCCUCCCUGAAGAGGAGCCGUCGUGUGAGCUCACGAGCCACGACGACAUCACACAGGGGGAUGAGGGUGGGCCUGAGGGUGAGGAUGAGGGGGGAGUGGGUGAUCUACCUGAUGAGGAAGAUGACAAUAAUGACGAUGACGGUGAUGACGAUGAAGACGAUGAUGAUGAAGAGCUGGCGGCUGCGUGCCGGGACGAUCACCAUCAGAAGCGUCUGUCCAUGGAGUCGGGUUACAGCCCCUCAGAGAAACAUGUAGAGGAUGAUGUUGUUGCCGUGGAAAUGAGGGAGCAGCAGCUGCAGCCGGCACUGCUCGACCAAUCAGAGUUGCCCUCCGAGCGUCUGUCCCUCCCCUCCUCGCAGACGGACGGCAAGCUGGCCAAUCGAGACAGCGGCAUCGACAGCAUCAGCUCUCCAUCGCACAGCGAGGAGCUCUGCUUCGCGGGUGUGGAUGAUGGGGGUGUGGCCUAUCAGUGCAGCCCCGCCCUUUUGCCCAGACUCUCCAGCUCAUCCUCGUAUGCUGGGGAGGGAGGUGAGGGGGAGGGCGAAGAGGGGGAGUCGAGGGCAGGUGCGAGGCGGAGGAGGGAGUUUUCAGAGGAGGGAGACAGCGACCUGGAGGAGGAGGAGGCGGAGCUAACUCUGGUGCUGGCCCCUCCCAAGACAGACCGACAGGACUCUGCUGAGUUGUCUGUCCAGCAGAGGGUCUUCAAUAUCGCCAAUGAGCUGCUGCACACAGAGAUUGCCUACGUCUCAAAGCUCCACCUGCUGGACCAGGUUUUCUGUGCCAGACUCCUGGAGGAGGCUCGGUCUCGCUCCUCCUUCCCCUGUGAUGUCGUUCUGGGGAUCUUCUCCAACAUCUGCUCCAUCUACUGUUUCCACCAGCAGUUCCUGCUGCCGGCGCUGCAGAAACGCAUGGAGGAGUGGGACUUAAACCCGCGGAUCGGUGACAUCUUACAGAAGCUGGCCCCCUUCCUGAAGAUGUACGGCGAGUAUGUGAAGAACUUUGACCGAGCCAUGGAGCUGGUGAACAUCUGGAUGGAGAGAUCGACUCAGUUUAAGACCAUCGUCCAGGAGAUACAGAGGGAGGAGCGCUGUGGGAACCUGACUCUGCAGCACCACAUGUUGGAGCCGGUUCAGAGGAUUCCUCGCUAUGAGCUGCUGCUCAAAGAUUACCUCCACAGGCUGCCAGAGGACGCCCCGGACUACAGGGACGCCCAGAAGUCUCUGGAGCUGAUCGCCACAGCAGCCGAACACUCCAACGCUGCCAUCAGGAAGAUGGAGCGAAUGAGGAAGCUGUUGAAGGUGUACGAGUUGUUGGGAGGAGAAGAAGACAUUGUUAACCCAACUAAUGAGCUCAUUAAAGAGGGACACAUCCUUAAGCUGUCCAAUAAGAACGGGACCACGCAGGACAGAUACCUCAUACUGUUCAAUGACAGGUUACUGUAUUGCGUCCCGAAGCUGCGUCUGAUUGGUCAGAAGUACAGCGUCCGGGCCCGAAUCGAUGUGGACGGCAUGGAGCUGAAGGAGACGAGCAGCGUCGCUGUGGCCAGGACGUUCCUGGUGUCGGGAAAACAGAGAUCCCUGGAGCUGCAGGCCAGGACGGAGGAGGAGAAGAAAGACUGGAUCCAGGCCAUCCAGGCAACCAUCCAGAGGCACGAGCAGACCAUGGAGAGUUUCCGACACUUGAACUGUUCACUCCGAGAUGAUGACUCCACGCCGCCUCACUCUCCGAGCUGUGCUGAGCUGGGGAAACGAGCUCCGACUCCCAUCAGAGAGAAGGAAGUGACUCUGUGCAUGAAGUGUCAGGAGCCAUUCAACUCCAUUACCAAGAGGCGCCACCACUGCAAAGCCUGUGGACACGUGGUUUGUGGGAAAUGCUCGGAGUUUCGCGCUCGCCUGUCUUACGACAACAACCGAACCAACCGUGUUUGCAUCGACUGCUACGCCACGCUUGUGGGCGUGUCGCCGUCUCCCGUUGGGCUGACCAGCAGCAGUCACAGAAGACGCUCCAUCCUGGAGAAACAGGCCUCGUUGGCAGCAGAGAACAGUGUGAUUUGUAGUUUUCUGCAUCACAUGGAGAAAGGAGGAGGGCGGGGCUGGCAGAAAGCCUGGUUUGUCAUCCCCGAGAACGAGCCGCUGGUGCUCUACAUCUACGGAGCUCCACAGGAUGUGAAGGCGCAGCGCAGCGUGCCUCUGAUUGGCUUUGAGGUCUCUCUGCCCGAGUCAUGUGACCGCCUGGAGCGACGCCACGCCUUCAAGAUCUCCCAGAGCCACCUGACCCUCUACUUCAGCGCCGACGGGGAAGAGCUGCAGCGGCGAUGGAUGGACAUCCUGUCCAGGGCUGGGAGGGGGGAGGAGCUUCAAUUCCACCGACCAAUCGUGGAGAGUCUUGAAGAGGAGGGGGAGGAGUUUGCAGCUGUGGCAGAGGAAGAGAACACGUGAUUCUGUUGGACAAGGAAUGAUGGUGAUGAUGAA